GAAAAUGUCGGUCGCACCGUGGGUGUGUUGACGUCUUGUUUGGUAUCCUGAAAUUAAGGUUAUAAAAGCAGUCUCGUCCUGAAGCUAUGGACGUUACGGAGAAUCCUAUCGAAGUGGAUCCGGAUUACGAAUGCACGAAUCAAGCGAUACGAAGCGCGGAGCUGCGGGAAGCGGAAGACAGUAAACUAACGGAAGAGAAACUGCGCAAGAUAUUCAGGGAGGAAUUCGACAAGGAACUCGAAUCGAGGCAGAGACAGCUCGAGGAGAUCGAAGAGAAAGUGUUCAGGGCACAAAAACUGCUCCACCUCAUCCGCUAUGUGCUUAUAUCGUCGUAUUAUCACAAAAAGUCGCUCGAAUACGACGCCUUCGCCGAUUCGACGCCGGACAAUAACGAUAUCAUGAACGGGCAAUCGCGGAUACACCCGGCUCUGAAGAAGCUAAUAGGUAACAACGCGCAGCAGUUGAAUUUAAUCACGUCUCUGGGUAAGAGGAAGUCUUCGGCCUCGUCGAGCGUCAGUCAAACCCUGUCCGAGCUCAAGACCGAGCCGGAACAGAAAAAAAUCAAGUUGGAACCCGAAUCGAAUGGGGCGUCGAAUCAGUAUUGUCCGGACGUGGUGACGAGCAGAAAAAAGACCCAACACCGGAUAGUGGUGGGGAACAUAUCCUACUAUAAAAAGUCCAUCGAGCAGGACAACAUGUCUCACAAGUGGAUGGUUUACGUUAAAGUGUUCAAGGGGGCCAAGGGAGGGGCGGAGGUGCAUGACGUCAUCGAGAGGGUGGUUUUCCAUUUGCACCCGUCGUAUAGGCCACACGACGUGGUUGAUAUAAACGAGCCCCCGUUUCAUUUGUCGAGGCGGGGCUGGGGCGAGUUCCCGCUGAGAGUUCAGAUUUUUUUCAAGUCCGCCACCAAUAAGCCCAUCGACGUCGUCCAUCACCUGAAGUUGAGCAAAACGUUCACCGAGAGGCAGACAAUAGGCAACGAGACCGUCGUCCAGGUGUUCCUCUACGACGCGAAGACGGCGCCGACGCCCUUCGACGCCGGCGUCGACGAGGAAGACCGGAAAAACAUCGACCUGCUGCCCGAAAAUAACCAGGAAGCUUUCGAGCACAACUAUUGCUACGACUCCGGUGCGAGCGUCAAGCGCGAGCCGCCCCAAGUGGACCUGGACGUCGUCAAGGAGGAGGUGGACGUGGAGGACUACGCCGAGGACGGCCACGCGUCGGAUCACAACUACAGCCUUCCUUAUCGCGAAAACGACCACGUGACGCCGAAGAAAACCGUCUCCUCCGUGAACCAGGCGCCCAACGAGUUGGUCCACGGUCUUGGAGGGGGAUACGCGGACCUGGGGCACCGUCCCGUCGCCGAGAACGUCGUCAAAGUGUUGAAAACCGCGUCGGGCCAGUCGAUUCGGUUCCUGCCCGAGAGUUUCAGCCAGAUCCUCCUCAAUAACGGCCGUAUCGUCCAGAUCAAACUCGUCCAGCCUAAGAACGGACCACCGAUAGCCUCCGACGACCUCAUCAAGAUCAUGUUGCCCGGAGACCUGGUAAAAAUCCAACCCUCGAAGGUGAAGACGUGCCCGGAAUACGGGAUCUGGUUGCCAGAAAAGCGAUUCGGCAAUAUGGGCGAGGCCCUGCCCUACGCGUUCAAACGUACGCCACUGUGGACGCGGAAAGUGAGCGACGCGAAUUACAAAAGCGUCCACCCAUUCGCUGCUCGCUCGGAGAGGGAAUUCAGGUCGUGGAACGUCGGCAAAAGAUUGGCCGCCGAGUGGGGUCGGGCGAAAGCGAUAAAACGUCUCUUGUCCGCCGAAAGUUACGGCAGACGUUGGACCACCAGGGCCGUGUUUCUCUACGGCCGCUCGCACUUUUUUUCCCCCGUCACGCGGUCUUCCGCCCUGUUGGCUUCGCACACAGAAGAAGGCGAACUCCUAUUGAACUGCUUCCGCGCAUCAAAGUCGAAAAAAACGUUCGUAAAUCACGACGACAAGCCGGAAAUUAUAUCCGUCGAUACUUCCCCUGUCAAAGACGAAGGACGCCUGCCUAAGAACGCGAUGGAGCUGGUCGAUACGUCGACGAAAGGCGCGUGCGCGUACGUCAAGGAGGAAGCUUUGAGCUGCGGCGUUCUGUUGAAAUCGGAAGAGAUCGCCGAAGGGGUCACGAUGAACGCCGCCGAGAGGGUUAUGUUGGAAGGAGUGAGGUGUUUAGCGGAAGGUCUGAUCAGGAGGGCGGGGUAUUAUUUAAUCGCCGCAGGCGGCUAUCGGCCGGGAACAUCGACCAUAACGUGCAAGGAAGUUACGCAAGCGCUAGAGGAGAGGGAGGAGUUCAAGUCAAUCAGGAAGUUCCACCGCGAAAAACUCACCUUGGACUUUUUCUCCUAAACGAAAACCGACUGACUU